AUGUCCAAUCCACAACAAUCAUAUACAAUCUGGUCACCACAGGAUACCGUGAAGGAUGUUGCCGAUUCUCUUGGUUUAGAGAAUAUUAACGAAGAUGUGUUAAAGGCACUAGCUAUGGAUGUGGAAUAUCGUAUUUUGGAAAUCAUCGAACAAGCAGUAAAGUUUAAAAGACAUUCCAAGAGGGAGAUAUUGACAACAGAUGAUGUGGCCAAGGCAUUACGUAUCCUAAAUGUUGAACCAUUGUAUGGUUAUCAUGACGGGUCAGCUGAAAAUAAAAGCGUUUCCUUUGCUAAAGUAAAUACCUCUGGUGGGCAAUCAGUUUAUUAUUUGAAUGAGGAGGAAAUUGAUUUUGAUAAACUAAUUAAUGAACCAUUACCUCAAGUACCACGUAUCCCAACUUUCACAGCACAUUGGCUAGCAGUUGAAGGUAUCCAGCCUGCAAUUGUUGAAAAUCCAAACCUAAAUGAUGUGAGAAUCUCCCAACCACCGAUCAUUAGAGGUGCUAUUGUUACGGCCCUGAAUGAUGCAAGUAUUCAAACAUCGUCAUCUGCUGCCAUCUCCUCUCGAAUUUCCCUAAAUGAAGCCAAGAAUGGAGAACAAUUCUCGAUGGUCAAACCGGGUCAAAACACAGAAGUAAAACCUUUGGUUAAACAUGUAUUAUCAAAAGAAUUACAAAUAUAUUUUAAUAAGGUAAUUGCCGCAUUAAUUACCAAAGAAGAUACAGAAGAUGCUCAACGAAUGAAAACAGCGGCAUUGACAUCAUUAAAAACCGAUAGUGGACUACAUCAACUUGUUCCAUAUUUUAUUCAAUUUAUUGCUGAACAAAUUACACAUAAUUUAUCGAACCUUGAGUUAUUAACUACAAUUCUAGAGAUGAUUUACUCUCUAUUAAGCAAUCCAUCAAUAUUUCUCGAUCCAUAUAUUCAUUCUCUAAUGCCAUCUAUUUUGACCCUUUUAUUAGCCAAGAAACUGGGUGGUGCUCCUACACAAGAUACCCCGGAAGAAAUGCAUGAAUUCUUGGAAAAGACAAAUGCAUUACGUGAUUUUGCUGCAUCCUUAUUAGAAUAUGUCUUGAAGAAGUUCCCACAAAUAUAUAAAUCAUUAAAACCAAGAAUUACAAGGACAUUAUUAAAAACAUUUUUGGAUACUAAUCGUGUAUUUGGAACUUACUAUGGUUGUUUGAAGGGUAUCUCUGUUUUAGAAUCGGAAUCAAUUAGAUUUUUUCUAGGGAAUCUACAUAACUGGGCAAGGUUAGUGUUUAAUGAACAAAAUUUCACUCUAGAAGACGUGAACAAAGAAGAUUUUCUUGAUUCACAUGGCACUAAAUUUUCAAGAGAUGAAAUUGAAUUUCUUGUAGACACUGUUAUCAAUGCAUUAACCAUACUGAAGACCGAUUUACCUGAUGUUUACGAAGGAAAGAAUGAAGAGGUUACCGAAACUGAUAAAGAAAAAUUGGUAAACAGAUGUGGUGUUACUAUUUCUAGCUACAUUUUGAAAAGAGAUGAUGCCAAGGAAUUGAUUAGUGCAAUUUUCUUUGGGGAAGAAAAAUGA